AUGCUCCAGCACGCGGUCGCGCUUUUGCUCCAGCGCCUCUUGGGCAAAUUUGUGUCAUUUGACUCGAACAUGCUGAAGUUGAGUCUAUGGCAAGGUGAUGUGUCGUUUCAAAAUCUACAGCUACGCUUAUCGUAUGGGGAGGGCGCCAUUGGCCAUUUAAGCGUCAAGAUCCCUUGGCGUGCGUUAUGGACACAACCGGUGCAAAUCAAGGCUCUGGAUAUCCGCGUAUUACUGCAUCAGACACCCAAACCAAAGCAACAACCGGAAGCGACAGAGACAGCGAAUGUUGAUACGAGCGUCGAUGACAGCCAAGGAGACGAUAGAACGUAUCUUUCGCGACUAGUAUCACACAUUAUUGCCAAUGUACAGAUCGAGCUGACAGACGUACAAGUGCGAUACGAUUGCGACUCAGGUUCGCUGGCGCCGCAACCGGGAAGUGGUACGCUUGAGAUUGGACAAAUGAGCUUGAUAAAUACGAAUGCGAAGUGGGAGCUAGAAUACUCGCCGCAGUCAAGUUCAGCGAUGGAGUCGAGAAAGCUGAUGAAAGUCGAAGGUGUUGCAGCAUAUAUUGAAUAUCCAAGUACGCAAGGCAAGGAAGACGAUGAGCAUAUAACGUGCCAGACCAAUCGGAAAUAUCUAUUUCAUGAAUGGCGUAGUAUUGUCAAGGCAAGUCUUUAUUACCAUAGUAUCAAUGCACUGUUCCCAGACGUCGAGUUGGAUAUAGACAUUGGUUGUGAUCCUGGAAGUAUCACGAAAACAUGCGAGCUCUGUGCUGCACACAGCGCUAGCAUUCGUAAACGAUUUGAUCCCAACGAUUGCCAGCCUAGCGUGCAUUUUGGACCAGAGCAUAUUGACGUUUUGUAUGCCAUUUUAAUUGAAGUGAAAGCGCCUUACGACGAAUUCGAUAGAUUAGCUUUAAUGACUCAGCAGCAAGCAUCACGACCGGAUGAACAAGGAGUUUCAUGGGUAUGGCUUCUCGGACAGACAGUCGGUGUCGUGAAACAAUCGUGCGUAGAAGACGAGAUUCUGCUCAGGGUUCAGUCACUGCGCAUGUACGAAUUCUCUGAGCGAACAGAGGGUUACAGCAUUUUGGACCACGUAAAUGAACAUAAUGGAGAUGGUGACUCUAGUUCAUUGGGUUCACCUAUCAUACGGAUAUCCUGUGUGAUUCCGGCUUAUCAGAGCCGUUUUGUUGGUCACCAACCUAUAUUUGAUUUUCAAGUAGGCAGUGUCAUGUUACUGAUGAAAGACCAGACAUUGACGUCGUGGAUGACUCUUUUUGCGCCAGUUUAUUUGUGGUGGAAUAAUUGGAAUCUAUCACACCCAAGGAAAUUAACAACGAAUAUGGACGUACAGAUUGCACCUAUUACGAACCUCAAAAUUCAAUUGAAAAGUGUAUGCUUCGUAUAUGCUCUUCACGAUCAAUUUUGUUUAGGUGUUGAGGUGAAAGAUCUACAGGUGGAAACAUCUGAGGAUGAUCGCGAGUUAGUGACAAGUGAAUAUCAAGCCAAAGCGCGUAUGUUCUCACUCAACGAGAGAGUAAAUGUGCUCCAACCCGGAAUCAUUGCAAAUGAUGUGCAUGGCAUACACAAUAUUGUGACUGUUGAGGACCUUUUGCUAACGAUAACAAGUCAUUCUAGAAUGAAUUGGUCAACAGAUGAAUAUAUUUGUAAGCAUUGUACCCUUGAUGACCAACACACAAUUAUUUAUGAGCAACCUGACCCUGGAAAAGAGAUUGCAAUGUAUAUACACAAAGUACAGCUUCCAGCGAUACGAUUUAACUGGAAAAUGGUUGACCUUGAGGCUCUUUGCUGGAUUAUUGGUAAGUGGAGCUUCUUUCUACCCGACAAGACUACGAACAGACUCAAUCAAGAUUUUUUUGCUGCAAAACAGUGCGCGUGCGCAAAUCUAGUGUGCAAUUGGAAACUAUCGUUGGAAACACCAGAAUUUCGGUUAUGCUUUCUGGAUGACCGGCCAAAUCAGUCUUCCAGGUUUGAGUUUUUUGUCGAAGACAUAAGUUGGGAGUCACGCGUUUGCACAACAAUUGUUUCAAAUUCGAUACGUGCUAUGUCAAUUUCCUUCCACGAAGGUGAAAAUGUCAUCUUUCGCGCCACUAGUAGUCCAGGAUCUUGCGCCCCUGCUGUUACUGCAACAUAUCAGACGAGUCGAUUUUAUUCUUGGGAUUCUCUUGCUCCUCGGGGUGUUUUACAAUUUAAGCGUCAGACUUCCCAAGUCGUCAUCGCAAUCGAACGUCUUCAUGGGGUGUUAUUUCUUCCUGACGUACAAACAGUCCUUAACUGUGUGAGGGAGUGCCACGAUAGAUAUUUGCUGGGCUUUAUUUUGUCGACUGGUUUUGGAUACAGUCUGGACGAAUUGCAACACAAUUUGACGAAGCUAAAAGAUAAGGCUUUAUUGUCAGUAUCGAGAAUAUCUUCAUCUUAUGACAAUGAAGUGACCGUCAGCUUGGCAGUAGCACAUGGCGUGCAAGUUGACAUAAAGCACCGGGAUCAGACACCACUAUCUUCUCUUGAAGGCGUGGCACCGGUCAUUAAAAUUGCUUUUGUCCAGAUCUCAAAUAUCUCAUUACAAGUUAGUGGAUCAGGUGCUGCUGCUAUGCGUGAUAUGAAAUUAAAAGUUAAGGGUUGCGUGCGAGAUUUACAGCUGACCGAUUUGACCAAUCCUAGUGGGCCAAUACCCGAUGGCUUGACAUUGCCAAACCGAUUAGCCAUUGGAUCUCACUCAGAUAUGUUAGAUGGAGUGGCUGAUGUGGGUUCAUUCGGCGUGAAAAAUGUCAUCGAUUUUGUGAUUACCUCAUAUGACGAAGAAACCGGCGGCAUUUUAGUUCGUGUGCGGAUGGACUCUGUUUGCCUCGUCUAUAUGCAUCGAGUUUUCAAGCAAUUUCAGCAUUACCUAUUUGACCACGUUCUUAUUAGUUUUAUUAACCCGCUGAGUGAAAUUCCGAGUGGUGAAAAGGCUUUGUCAGUAUUUAAAAGUUUUAUGUUGAAUUCUGCGGCGAUUCCUGUUUCAGCAGAAAAUCUUCUCAGCAUGUAUGUUGUUGCAGUAAGCGUUGAAUCCAACAGGCGCAUUAGCGUCAUUGAAAGAGCAAAAGAAGGCAUGAGUGAUGUGCGAUGGGAAAUAGUGGGAAAUGACAUGGCAUUUGCUUUGCCACGGAGUUCAUUCUCUCGAGACAGCGUUAUACUUCGAUCGACCAGUGUCCGCUUCUAUAGUAGUGGCUCUGAUCCAUCAACAUCUGAUUUUCUACUGAAUGGCACAUUUGUCGACGAAUCACGCCUCUCGUCUAGUUCAGCUUUAACUGGUGCAUCAAUGGCAAAGGCACGUCUUUCAAGACGAAACGAGUUGAGAAACUUAAGGCGACAAAUAAAAAAUCAACGCUCACGACUAUUAAGCAACAGAAGCCAGUUGUAUAUUGAUCUUCGAAGUGCGACGCAGCAAGCGCAAAACUAUUUGCAUGAAGGUUUUUACGCGUUUCCGGCUGCCGAAGAUGCGGUAAAAAUUAUUCACCAUAAGAUUCUGCAAUCGGACCUGCAGCUGGAGCAGCUUGCACAGCACCUUAUCAAGGUGGACGAAGCUCUCAAUGAAGUAAAAGCUCAAGGGGAUGCACUAAACAGCGGUGGUCGUGACAGUCUACAAUUUUUGGCUAACGCUUCGUCAAAUAAUCUCCGAGGACGAUCAGACUCAAUGGAGAGAAUUUGUCACGACAUCGCAGGUAUGUCGCAGCAUCUCAUGACGCCAUUAUUCGUGGCAGAGGACGCAGAAUUUCAUGAUGCACGAGUCGCAUCGAAUAGCGACAUACCGUCACGGGGUCAGGAUUAUGCUGACAUGUCGACUUCAUCGGUAGGGCUUUUCGAGUUUGAGCUUGUUGAUUUUAGUGGCACCACCCGCCAUUCUAAAUCACCGCUCUUUCAUCACUCGCUUCUGAUUGGGCGCAUUGAUUUAGAACCCGAGAGCUUAUCUGAUGGAAUUCUGAGCUCAUAUUUCGGUAUCAGUCUUUCACUGAAUGAACUUAACGUAGGUAUCACACCGGAUCAGUACACGACUAGCUUGGGUAUCGUCUACGAGAAUUUCAAGGAAGUUUCACGUGUUGUUACAGAUGAUACUUAUCCACUUUGCGCCAAAUGUGGUGGGCUUCACUAUGAGAAUGAUAACUGCAGCGCGAUAUGGAUGAUGAUCUCGGUGAAAAUCGCGGAUGCUGCUCUUCGCAUUUCGAAUCAGAACCAUCCCGUCGCUGACAUGUUCUGGGAGCAGCUUGAGUUGGUGUUUAAGUUGCGAACAGAUGACUCAUUGGAGUUUAGUGGAUCAGCAAUGUCUUUUACGGCGGUGGAUAUUCGACCGUCCCACUGUCAGACGGCCUCUGAAAUUAUUCGUCCACAUCCUGGGGUUGGUCCUCAGAUUGAGUUUAACCAAAAGAUGAGCUGGACGGAUUCAUUUUACGAUUUGAAGAUAAGAAACACUAAUUUCCUUGGCGUCAUUCCGGCUUUCCACGACAUCGUAGGUUUUUUCACGAGACCGAUUUUCACGACGGGCGAGUUUUUAGAAUUUGGCGUGGGAUUUAUGUCCGAGUCUCCUCCUGUUUGGCAGAAAAUUGACUUUUUUGUGAUGACUUCCAAGUGUUUGUUUUCGUUAUUAGAGGACUUUGAAGCAACAGAUGCACGCGCCCUCGUUAUGCUAAUGGAUAUAGUGGCGGCGUACUCAACUCAUCAGAAAUGCCAGGAUAAAAUGGAUCUGACAAAGUGCCAUUUGGAGUUUGAUCAGCAUGGCGUUUACUUCUCUCACCUUCCAGAUCUUCAGAUUGAUGCGUCCUUCCCGUUGUCAAAUGCAUUUCUUUUGGUAUUCGAUCAUUUUGUGGAAGGUUUGGUCAGCUUUUCGCGACGGAACUCAUUCGUACUGGCUCCUUUGGAAAUCCGAUUCUCGGUUCAAGAUGCUAACUUAUUUAUUAAUAUUGCAAACAAUUACCUGCGCUUGAUUCCGUCAUCAUCUCAGAUGCAUUCUUCGGCCAUUGAUUUAAGAAACAGAUCAAGCAGCGUGGUAACCUCUCAGCUUGCCAAGCCAACCUUUGCUGCUGAUAAGCUCUUGGGUGAUGUUGGAGAAUUUCGUCUUGUGCUUGUAAAUAACAGUUUGGGCAUUCCCAUCGCUGAUUUCCACAUGCGGGAGAUAGUGUGCGAGUACAUCCAAGAUGAAGACUAUUCAACGACAAUGGGGGCUACACUACUCUUAAAUUACUUUAAUAAUAGUAUUUACCGAUGGGAACCUCUUGUGGAGCCUUUUGUCGUUCAGAUGCGUAUACAUCGCGCUUUGGAAGAAAACAGCAUCGUUGAAGUAUUUGCGAAUUUACCGAGUACAAUUAAUUUCAACAUGACACCGGCAAUGGCUCCUCUUCUUUCGUCAGAAGCUUUGAGACAGGCUGACUUUGUGACUUCUGGAUCUAAGUCUACAGCGCCAUUCUGGAUUGAAAACAAAACAGGAGUUGGACUGAAAUUUAGCUUUCGCCGCGGCUCUGGGACAGUAAUACAACAAAUUGUUCCAGACAAAGAAAAAGUUUCAGUUGAUUGUCGCGAGCAAGGAGACAUGCUUAGCUUCGACAGCGCCUCAACCGAUAGAUUUCUGCGAGAAGUGGAUCGCCAAGCUCUUACGGUAAACCACACGCUGUCGGUUUGGCUGGACGGCAACAGAUGGGUUAGUGCGAAUCCUGUGGUGGUUGAUAUGGUCGGGCAUGUAGCUGUUCCGCUUCGUGAAUCCAUAUCACCGGCAUCUGAUUCAGAAAUGAGAGAUUUCGUAGCUGGUGGUGAAGAGGACAUCGGUCCACCGACUCUGGUCGCGGAGAUCAGUAUUCAAGCCGAUGGAAGCAAGUUAAUAAGCCUUCAUUCCCAAGUGGUACUGCAAAAUCGAACUUCUGUUCCAUUAAUGGUGUGGGCAUUUUCACCUCGAGAAGGCGGCCGCAUUCAAGAGUGGAUUAUUGACCGAGAGGAAGUUUGUCAUAUUCCUCUCCAACUUGUUCACCCUCAGAGUAAGAUCAGCAUCCGACCUUCUCCGUACGUGCAAUAUGCACCGUUAACAACCAGUUUGGAAGAAUUAGGGGACGAAGUACGAUCAGCUAAAAUAGUCAAUACAAAGCGCUUUGUGCGCGCUGGAAAUUGUGUUUGCAGUUUCGAGACAUUUGCUACGAUGGAGGAGCUACAAAACGCGGCUCAUUCACUGGAAUUGGUGUCGUCUUCUUCAAUGUCGUCGACAAUACCCCUAUCUGGAUACGUGGUUCGAGACCUUCCUACUUGGAAAUGUACAUACGAAGUAGAAGCAUACUAUUUGAUGCGAGCCACUUAUUCGAGUACUGAAGAGAUUGUGCCACCGAAAAAAGCUUCAGCUGAUGUAGAAAAAGUGGAUGAGGAAGAGAGCGAACAAGUAGAAGAUGCUUUUCUACACAUGUUCAAUGAACCGAUUCAACGACAGCAAAUGAAUCCAUUGCGAGACGUCAACUACGAAUUGGAUGAGGCGAGAGCGGCUGGACAACGGCGAGGAUUGUAUGAAGCGACUAAUUCGAGUUUGUACUACCUCUCCGUCUCACCGUUUCUAACGCUUCAUAAUCGUUUGGCAACAGCAUUGGCUUAUCGUCUGCUCAAUGGUUCGCUUCAGCUGAUUGCUGAAGGUAUUUUAGCAGUAGGAAAUGUGCUGCCUUUAUUCCAAGUCGAUACGUCAGAUGGGUUGUACCUAUCGUUUCGGCUAGAAAAUUACAGCUGGAGUGCUCCAAAGAUGAUAAUUAACUCUCAAAUUUCUGUCUAUACGGUGCCGUAUAAGGAGACGAUCGAACCUGUACAGUUGCUCGGUCAUGUAUUUGACCGCGAUAUCAUUGGAGAGCAAGGUAGCGUGCCCAACUUGCAACUACAGGUAAAGCUUUCGGGGCGUGAUGUUGUCGUGUUCUGUUCUAUCUGGAUUGUCAAUCACACUGGUCUUGACCUCGAAUAUUGCAACUCAACGAGUACGUCAUCCAAACGACUCGAUACAGCUCUCAAAUAUGUACAUCGGCGUGCAGGCUUAUCUGACGAAUAUGGCGAAGAUUUUACCUCACGUUCACUGUCGCUGCAACUCGAAAACGGCCGAGAAUCUCAGCUCACUCGCCUUCACAAGGUCAAACCAUCAGCCAACCCCGUCGCCGUUGUUGUCGUUAUUCGUGAAGCAAGAGAUCUGUACAAUUCCCAGUACUUUGGAGCCCAAAGUCCAUAUGUUCGAGCAUCCUUAUAUAUACUCAAGAAUCCAAACGACAGAUAUUUAGAAAAACCAGAAAUGAUUGCUGUUUGGUCUACGACAACAAAGCCGUGUCCGUCUGGUGGUACAACUCCUCAGUGGGAUACUCACCUUCAAAAUACUUUACUGCUGCGCUUUCCACCUGAAGUCAGGACGUUGGACUUGGCUCGAAUAAUCAUCGAGGUGCGCAAUGUUCGUUAUGGCUUAGAUACUUGUCUUGGAGUCACUGCUGUGAAAGUCGACAGCAUAUUAAAAGAUCGCAAACGGGCUGUAGCUUUUAAUUGGUACAAGUUGCUCAAGCGCAAGUCAUCUCGUGAACGAAAAGUUUCCAAAAACAAUCUUGCUAGCAUCCACCGGGGAGACAUAAGUAUUUCUUUCUCGGUUGGUACAUCGCAAGAGCUACCUUCAGAACUAGACGAAGCAAACGUAAUUGAGGACAUUUCUGACAUGUCGAGCUCACCUAUCAUUCUUGAUGAUGAGGGAUUGGCUUCAUAUCUGGACAGGCAAGAUGUUGAUGAACUUCAUCUUGAUGAAGUAGAGAAUUUGAUGACACUAAAUGAAGGCCCGCUUCCUUCUACGAGUGCAGCAAGGUUAUUGCAGCGACUCGAAACGCCCUCCGGUCCUGACAGGGGGUUUAUUGGCACAUCAUCAGCCGUACGUGGACGUCAUGUAGGCGAUGGUGAUCCCAUACACUCACAAGAAAUGUUUUCGUAUGAUCCAACAUCAACGAGGGCUAUGGGUGCGUUAAUCACAAACGGCUCGCCAGUGAAACUGGCUCAUAUGGGCAAAGCUCAUGGAAUUCAGGUAUAUCUACCUCACAAUCGCUUUGUUUCGGUAGUUGUGGAAGUGUAUCACAAUUUAGUAAUGUCAGAAGUAUUUGAUCUCGUCUGCAUGAAAUGUGGCUUCAUGGGUGUUCUUAACAUCGAAGACUUUACCUUUUAUGAGCUAGUGCUUCCUCGAUUUGUAUCACUUCGAAGCGCUGGGCGACCGGAGGGCGAACGUUGGUAUGGGCAGCCUAUUUCAAUGACGUGUAAAAUUGAAGAUAAGGGGCGGCGCUUUGGCCUACACUUGUGCCAUCGAAUUACGAUGACCACAAUUCGUUUGUACGACGAAGCGAGCACGGCAAGCUCUCAUCAUAUUACGCCGCGCUCUCUUGUAUCAAGCUCCAAGCGGUCAAAUCCGGCUCAAAUACGCCCGAUGCAGUGGGGAGCCGUAUUGCCGUAUAGCUCCGGUGGAAAGCAUUGGGACGUCUUGCGGAUCAAGUCUCGUUCCUCAUCGUGGUCUGAUGUCAUUCGCCUUAAUAGAAACGCUAUGGGAAAUUCAGGCGUUGCUCAAGUCAUUAGUCUUACCAACGAGGUUUUCGAUCAAAAUCAAGAAAGUGAACUUCGAAAAGGUACUCAGGAAGUUGCGCUGUGGAGCUGCUAUGGUAGUGGGCGGUUUUCGGAGACUAUCAUGGCUACGGUAGUUCCUCGCUACAUCUUAAUUAACAAAACUGAAGAAACCAUCAAAUAUCGGCAGCUCGAUGCUCCUCAUACUUUUCGAUUGGCUUCAAAUGAACUCACACCUUUUCAUUGGCCAAGUGCUUCAAGAGAAAAGCUUUUGGAAGUAACUUUGCUGCACAAGUACAGCUGGAGUGGUAGCUUUCGAAUUAAUUCGCUUGGGACAACGUAUUUAAAGCUGCGAAAUCGAGAGGACCCAUCUCGUAUUUAUAUAUUGCAAUGCCAGAUUGAGCUCGUAGGUGGAUCUGUGGCAUUAAUUUUUCGACAGGAGUCAAAGCGUUUUCCUCCGUACAGAAUCGACAACAUGACAUCAUUUCGAAUAUGCUACAAACAGACCAAUUGGGGUGAAAAUAAAAACUUUGAUGAGUUAUUGCCGCGUUCAUCGUGUCCGUAUGCUUGGGAUCACCUAAAUAGUUCUGAUGGUAAAUCGUCGUCCACGUCUAAUCAAGACCCAGCCUUUCCCGGUAGCUCAAGCUCUUCAUCACGUGCACUUCAAGUACGAUUUAUGCGAGUGACAUCAUCGACAUCGAAGACUGGCGGUGACUCGGACAAAGAUGCAGUGGAUAUACGAGAGUACAAUCUAGACGAAAUGGUAACACAUAAGCGCAUACAGCUGCAUCGCUCAUUACCGUCAGAACUAUUUCAAAAGCCAGAGCAGAAAGGAUAUCUACUAAAAAAGGACAGCAUGCUGAAAUGGAACCGAAGGUACUUUCGGUUGUUCGAACACAUGCUAUACUACUUUGCCAAUGAAGUGGACCAAGAGUUGCUUGGUGUUAUUGAUUUACGCACAGGCUCGGACGUACCCGGUGUUGGAGGCGUUGCGAUUUUUGAAAAGGCUGCAGGAGCUUCAUCGAAUAGCGGAUUUAUAUCCUUAAAUAGUCUAGUUUCAUCAAUCUCGGGUAGUCUUUUUGGGGGAAACUCGAGACAACUUGGAAUGGAUGGAGGAGACGAAAAUGACGACGAUGAGGAUGACCGAGCGAGGGAGCUUGUGCAAAUUGCUGUAUCGUUAACUGCGUCCAGUGUUUUGAGUGAAGAAUCAGAGAAUUUUGUGAACGCACACAUGAAGGGUGGUACAUGCGCAAAAGCUGGCGUCAUGCAGAAGGGAUUUUAUGUAAAUGGACAUGAUCUCGUCAACUUUCUGACCACAGAAAUGAGUUUACAGACAAAGGCACAAGCGUUUACAAUAGCGCAGGAAAUGAUUGAGCUUGGUUUAUUGAAGGCAAUUCAAAUAUCGUACAGUAUAGGGGCGCGCAGACAGGCGCCAGUGAGAGGUUUCCAGUGCUCUAAAGAAGCUUGGUACAGUGUUGAAUCGAUCAAUCUUACAGAUGACUCGGACGUAGGCUUAGAAGACAGUUUAAGCAUGGUGACACCGCGCGAUAGCGAUACAGGUAUCAACCCAGCAACUGUUGGUUCGAAUCAGUUUUCAAUUAUCACGCCAACAAAAUGCUACGACUUGAAGGCAAAGAAUCCGAAGAUUGCGAAGAUCUGGGUGCGAAGACUACGACGUGCGACGCUUGGUGUUCAAGCGUCCGAGAUUGGAAAAUUUUCUGAGGAAACAUCUGUGACCAGAGGAACACUCGUGGCUCCAAAAACAGUCCGCUCCCAAAGAGAUCUUGCUUUUCAAAUACAAAACGCCAAAACCUAUGUCCAUGUUCGCAUCCGUGCAGAUGGACCGACAAAAGUCUUGGAGUUGUUCGAGGGUGGUGAAGAAGAUUUCGACGAGAAAGACACAAAGCAUGAAUUAUCAAGCACGACGUCAGAUUCUCCUACGACUAGUGAAAUGUCCACUAGCACCUUUGAGUCUCUGACAUUUGGCAUGGUUUUGCAUUUGCGCGUGGAUGGAAUCGGCAUUUCGUGCGUGAAUGAGCUUCCAAUGGAGCUUGUGUACAUCUUCUUUGGCGGUAUUAGCCUCCACUAUUCCCGUCUUAAUUCUAACAUGCGAAUGAAUAUCACGCUGGAUGAUCUACAGAUUGAUAAUCAGAGUGAAGAAGCCACAUUCACCAAGUUAUUGUGCCCUCGAAUGAAAAAUGAAGUAGUAUCUGCAGGCACCCCAACAAGGAGAUGGACAGUUGGUGGUGAUAUCGGUGAAGAUCUUGCAGAAAUGGUGAGUUGCGAUAAAGAAAUAGCGAAUGGAAAGGGUGAUGUCGAAUCUCAGGAAAAUACGGGUUUGGUUUUAAACCAAAGUAUAUUUUGUUGUGCGGAUUGCAAAUACCGUCAACCAAGUGUUGCAGCGAUGCAUUUCUGUUGCACAUGGUCAAACGAACAGGGCAAUACUGAUUAUUUUAAGCAUUGCUCCUUCUGGUUGUACCCAGUUAUCACUCAGCUGGAUGAAGAACUUUUGGUAUCAGCUCGAGCAUUUAUGGCAGCGAUGACGCAGUCAUGGGGUCAAAAUCGAUCACAAAACCGCGGGGGCGAAAUUCGAAUGAAAAGCAUCCCAAUUGAAAUGAUGAUAGAAGCUCUAGCAGAGUACAAGGAAAAUGCUUUUAGUGACGAGCUGAAUCCGCUAAUGAGUCUGAAGUCAUACACUACGACGCCUUCAUCAGAAACACGAAAAGUGUACUUUGCUUUACUGCACAUUCACCCAAUGGACUUUGAUAUCACGUUUCGCAGCGAUGUGUUUCAGACGAGCACGACACUAAAUCCUCAUAGAUCAGCUAAGUUCAAAACGUCUGGUAGCCAUAAAGAGGCAAAAAAGCGGUCGAAUACAAUUACGUCCUCAAUCGGAGAAGGUAGUGGAGAUGACUCAUCGUCUGCAACUUGGGUAAUUCCAAGUUUAACAAUGCACGUGCCCGAUCUUGAUAAUGCUCCCGUGCGCUUAAAUGCCUUGAUGAUUGAACACGCUUUCGGCACGAGUAGUGAUUUGACACGCCGUGUCUCAAAAUAUUAUACGCGACAAUUAUGGAAACAGCUUCACAAAAUAUUGGGUUCAUUUGAUUUCCUUGGUAAUCCAGUUGGUUUCUUAGACCACAUUGGUACAGGUGUACGAGAUUUUGUCUAUGAACCUCUAGAAGGCUUGAAAAUUGGGGGAAAAGGCUUCAGUAAAGGGUUGGCUAAGGGUACAGCGAGUUUAAUGUCAAACACAGUGGAUGGCACAUUUGACGCGGCAAGUAAAAUCUCGGGCACCUUUGGCCAAGGAUUUGCAAACUUAAGCUUGGAUGAUCAUUACCAACAAAAUCGCGCCCGUGCUCGCCGUCGGCACGUCCGCGGUGUCCGUGAAGGACUUGUGCAAGGCUCACGGGAAUUAAGUUUGGGUGUGUACGAAGGUGUUGCAGGGUUGGUGCUGAAUCCCAUGCGAGGCGCUCAAGAAAGUGGUGCAGUGGGUUUUGUUCGAGGUACGAUCACUGGAAUCAUUGGACUCCCUGUAAAACCUGUGGCUGGUAUCUUUGACUUUGCAUCUCGUGCAACGCAAGGAGUGCGCAAUCGGUCCUUACAAAACGGUCAAAGUAUGCAGCGAGUUCGGCGACCUCGUGUAUUUGGGCGCUACAACGAGCUUAAGUGCUACAAGGAAGCUGAUACAAUAGCGUAUGAAUUGCUCAAGCAAGUCGGGGGUAACCGCCUUUCAAGCGAAAAAAUAAUCUUUUAUAACGAAAUCAUCCAGUCAGUAAAUGCAGCCGAUCUGACGCGUGAAGCUCGAGAUCGACGCCGUAGUGGUGGUUCUGGAACUGGCAAGCAGAAAAGAAACGACUCGACGCGGGAGCGUACAAACUCGCUGCGAAGAGCUUUACAAGGAGACGAUGAGCGUCGUCGUGCUGCUGGUGAGACGUCUAUAACAGUUGCAGGUGAGAGUAGUGGACGCAAAAUGCGCUAUGAGGUUGUAUUUUAUCAAAAGAAGCUGGGAAUGGAUCUGGAGACGGACUUUUAUUGCGAGAAUGUGACGAUCAAGUCGAUGGAUAAUUCUCGUCGGUCCAAAAUAAAAAUUCGGGGGCAAAUAGCAUCUGGACAGCAAGUAUUGCAGGAAGGAGACUAUUUAAUUGGUAUUGGUGGAGUUGACGUGCGUGGUAUUGGUUUCCACGAGACGCUGGCAUUACUGCGUGGCACGUCGCGACCAAUCACGGUUCAGUUUGAGAGUGCUGAAGAGUUAAUGCAGGAGGUCUUGCAAAAACCGGAUGGCUCUGGAAAUGACGAGAUCGAGUUAAGGGCGACAAGUAAAGCACGUCUCAAUCGUCUGUCGCUGGCUGAUUCGGGGUCUGUGAACGACAAUUUGGAAGAUUCAAGCACUAAUUUGAAGGUGCACUUAACACACUGGCUGAUCGUCACGGAGCAACGCGUGCUAUACAUCAAUGUCGGAUCGUUUUCCAAGCCCGUGGUAGAGUGGAUGACACCGCUACGCUACAUCUACCGCGUUGAGUGGCAGAAGGGUGCAGCGAAAAUUUGUCUUCACCUAAGCGUUGGAGUUGACAGCUUGCCAAUGGGCCCGCGUUUGCGACCGUCGUUGAAGGCCAUUGAAGGCUACGAGCGGGAUAUGAAUGUGUUUUUAGACGUCAUGUGGCACAGCUUCGGGGCGGCUACUGCUGAAGAGCAGGAGCUCUGGCCGUCAGACACAAGUUUAAAUGGCUAUUUGCUUAAAAAAGGUGGUUUCUCAACGGUCCGUCGCUGGUUCGUACUCAGUCGUAAUUGCCUGUAUUACUUUUCAAGUCGCAAACAGCUUCGCGGCAUUAUUCCUCUUGGCCAUGUGCGCCUUGAGACGGAUGCCGGCGACCUGCGUUGUUUACGUAUUACAAAUGCAGUACGUUCACAGCCGUUAGUUACAUUGCAGCUUGACAAUGGACAAGUCGUGGAGCGUGUACAAAGUGAAGUGGUUCUUGUAGCCGCGACAACGCAAGAGCUGGAGAUGUGGCAGUCGUCGCUAGCGCACGCUGCUGGAAAAGGCAUGCGGCAUUCUCGUGGUACGCGCUUCUUUGCCCCAACAGCUGCAUCACGUCUUGAAAUUGGGACUAAAGAAACUCCUGACUUUAUCGUAUCACCGCUUGCUGCCGCGCUCAAGAAGACGGUCGAAGUGUUCAAUACAAACCCUGAUGAGUAUUGGCAGAGCACCGAGGUUGCUCACCGUUUGGUUUUCGGCUAUGGUUAUCUCACUUGGGAAUGGCAGGACGACGCCCAGCUGCGGGGAUUUGCUCAUCCAGCAUUGUUUGCAGGUCUAUAUAAGCUUUUAGAUCUGUUGAAUUUGGAUUCUCGGUGGGCUGUAGCUUAUGGUCCACGGUUACUCCAAGGCCUGAUAUCAGUAGCCAAUGACUUUUUCCUUUACAAGCUAGCGAGAAAUUACUUUGACGCCAAGACAGCACAGUGGGCUCUAUUGUGCCAAAUUUUCUCGUGGUUUUCUUUCUAUGUGAUGGUGCGGCCAUUUUCAAACUGCAUUGAGACGAUGUGUACAACAGCGGCGUUAGCAUAUUGGCCGUGGAACUUUCUGGACAUAGCGGACAAGAAGAGUGACGACCUAACUGUGAAAAAAUGCAGUAAUCGGCCGUUAGCGCUGGUAUUCGCAGCAUUGGGCGUAAUUUUCCGACCAUCCAAUGCCGUCACAUGGCUGUACGCUGGCGUUGCGCUCUUAAUGCAGACGCGAGAUCGAGCUUAUCUUGUGUUUUGUACGGUGAUACCCAUCGCGAUAAUAUCUACGCUAACAAUGUUUUGCAUUGACCGACUUGGGUAUGGCCAAUGGACUGUGGUGCCAUUAAAUUUUAUUAGAUUCAACGUUCUUGAGGGCAAAGAUAAACUGUACGGAGAGCAUACCUGGAGCUGGUAUUUCUUACAAGGCUAUCCCACCAUUGUGGGUACCACGCUGCCACUUGUUAUUGCUGGGUAUCUCACUGCUCCGGCAUCGAAAAAACACUUAGGCCGUUUAAUCAUCUGGACGCUUUUUGUAUACAGCAACACUAGUCACAAAGAGUUUCGCUUCAUUCUCCCCGUUCUUCCGCCGGCGUUUGUGUAUGCUGGAUAUUACAUGCGCAACCUCGAAGAGAAGCUAUAUACAAGAUUUCAGACAAGAACUCAAAAGGGUUUACUUCGACUCUCUUUGUUCUUCGUCAUUGUUCCGAACGUGCUUUGUGCCUAUUAUCUUUCGCGAGUUCAUCAGCGUGCUCCCAUGGAUGUUAUGGACUACCUUGCGGAUCGCAUUCAAGAAGACGCGAACGUAUCGAUCCAUUUUUGGACUCCAUGCCACGCUACACCGUACUACAGUUACUUGCACAAGAACGUCUCCAUGUGGUUUCCGGAUUGCUCGCCCAUCAAUCGCCUGCGAAUCGAAGGCUGUGAGUCUCAUCAACUUGAGCGCGAUCCAAAGCACUUUCUUACUAGCAUGUACCAUAUGUCGGGUGAUGUUGCUCGUGACGCUUCGUGGUCGGAGAUUCCAACCUUUGUCGUGACUUACACCUCAGUGGCUGCCAAAAUUAAAGAACUUCUUGUUGAUAUGCACCUUGUUGAGGCAGCAUCGUUCUUUCAUAGCCAUACACAAAGCGCUGGCGAAGUAUCGAGACCGUGGAAGGAAGAUUGGGUUAAACACAAGCUGGCUGGCAGAGCUGCAGGAAGUGGAUGGAAACUCGUGGGUUAUGUUGUGGUAAAAGCGAACGAUGUCGGAGGCUAA